AUGGAACGCCCCGCGGUGAACACGGCAAACAUGGCCCCCACGGCCAAGACGGAAAAAUUGUCCAACGCGUCGAAUAGCGUCCCGUACACCUUCGAGCACUCCAGAAACCUGGGCAACAAAAUCCUCAAGCCCAUACGCCAGGAAAAAGUCGUCAGGGUGCCGGUAACCCAGUACGUGGAAAAAAUCAUAGAGAAAGAAGAAAUUAAAUUCGUGAACAAAUAUGUGGAUGUCAUCAAGCCAAUAAUAACCUACAAGACGAAGCACAUUUCCAAGCCAAUCUAUUUAGACAAAAUUAAGUAUGAACCCAAGCUGAUAGAGAAGGAAAAAAUUAUACACAUCCCAAAAAUAGAGUACAGAAAUAAAAUUGUAGAAAUACCUGUGUACCUUCAUAAGGAAAAUAUCAUAGAGAAAAAAGUCCCCCUAAUAAUUGAGCGAGUUCUUCCUGUCCUGAAGGUCAAAAAAGUGGAGAAGGAGGUCCUCACAGAUGUGGUCGAUAUUCCUUCAAUCUGCGAAAUGGAAAAAAUGGACAAAAUGGAGAGAAAAAUAAAUAGUAGUACCAAACAUGAAUACAAAGAGACACUGAUGAUCCCUCAAAUUGCAACAGGAAACUCUGACAGAAAUAACUUUUAUGCAGUAAAAGAAGCGACAGAAAGUCAGGAUAUGUAUAAUAAGGAAACGUACAGAAAUGUGGAGUCCCGAAAUGAUAUUUCUUCUUCCCCCGCUGUGUAUUCCCCAGUGAAAAUGUCCCCGUCUGUACAAGUGCAGAAGUUUAAAGGACACCGUGGGAGAAGUGACUCUGUUGCCAGCGGCGAAUCGGAUGAAAAUUCCCGGGGGGAAAAACUGGAGCAUAAGAAUGAAACUAUGUAUAAUGACGCCACGCAGGAGGAAGACGAGGAAGGUGACAACUACGGGGACGCCGUGGAAAAUGCGGGAGGAAUGCUUAACGAGGAAUAUAUAGCCAGCGGCCAGGGCCUACGCAACGACGAAUCAAUCUCGAGGGAACACGUCCAAGGUAUAGUGCAAACCGGGCAUUACAGCGAAAACGAUCUGUAUAAAAAGUCGAACUUAACGCAUGUCAGCAUACACCUGCCCAGAACGAAGGAGGAGCUGCAUGAGGUUCUCCAGGGGAAUUCUGUCAACGCAGGGCAGGGCAGUUACGGCAGCAACCGGAUAGCUAGCAGUGGUGCCAGCAACCUCCGAAGUGGCAACGAAAGGUACGCUUCAAACAACAACCUCUUCACCUACGACCAAAGAAACAACAGAUACAACGAGUACGACAUGAACCAAAUGAUGAACGAUCAGCUAAUCAGAGAAUCCUUUAACGGCAGCAGAAGAGACAUGUCCAAGUCAGUGGAAGAGAACGUUGGCCGGGGAAGCUAUUACUCAGACGUGAAGAACCGCAUAGAAUCCCAGAAGCAUAAUCUUUCCGUCCCAUCUAACAUGAACGUCUACAAGGAAAACUACUCUUCUACUCAGAACGUGUGCAGGAAUGAGUCCGGGAGAACGCGCUCGAACUUUAUGCCCUCCUAUGCGAACAGCAACGGGCAGGCAAUUGUAUCCGUGCGCCCCGCCACCAUUUUGGAAUACGUCCCCAAGCAAAGGAAGGCCAAGGGGCGCUUCUGCAGCUUCAUGAACAGGUGUUGCGGCGACGAAUAA